AUGUUCAAGAAAAAGAAGCCCGCUAAGAAAGAAAAACUAAUUUUGCCCAACGAUCUUCAUGAGCUUGGUUAUAAACUUGACGAGAAUGAAAAACUGGUGACUUUAGAUGGUCAACCAUACGUCUUUGAAAAAUCGGACAGGCAAUAUAACGAAGCGUUAUAUGACGUUAUUAUAGAGACACUUGGUGGAUACGUUCGUGAGGCUCUGCAAAGUCGGUGUGGCUUAAUUAAAACUAUACUUCCUAUCGGCAUGACUGAGAAUGAUAUUCAUACACAUAUAUUUCUAAGUCCCGAUUAUCUGACGAACGAAAAUAUGUGCAUUUUCAUCCCAGGCACAUUUCACGCAUCCGGUCUUUGGUCUCGUCGAAUGUUAACAGAGAAAUCAAUCAAUGAUGGUGGAAUGGUGACAUAUACAAAACGAGCAAGGAGUCUUGGAUGUUCUGUUCUCAUCACAAAUCCUAAUGAAAUUUAUUGGUAUAAAGGUAAAGCUGUGGUGACUCUCCCUAAGGCCACAGUUCCAUUUGACCCUAUACCAGAAAAUGAAUCGCCAGAGGCACAUUUAGAAUAUGUCUUUAAACAUUUCAUAAAACCUUCAGCAGCGAAAAAGAUUUUUAUUAUUGCAAAUAGUUAUGGUGGUUAUUGUGCCGUUGAUCUGUUGCAAAAAAAAUUUGACGAACUUCGACAUAGGGUAAGGGCAAUUGAAUUUGCUGCGACAACGCAUUCAAUCGAUUAUGUCAGGAAAGAUUCGAUCAAGAUUUGGAUUAGAGAGCAUUGUCGGAAUUGGGUUGUUGCUGAUGAACCGUUACUCACAGAAAUUAUCGAUCCUAGAUUUGGUUGUGUUAACUACUCUUCAGGAUGUCAAUUAUAUGAAUUUGUACUUGAUGCUAUAAUUGAUCAAGUUUUCGAGCUUAUUUCUAGAAAAUUACAAUCCGACGAUGAGAUUUGCGCGAUUAACGACGAUCUCGAUGACUCGGAGGCGUUACAACGAGAAGCCGAGCAAAUCUUUGGAAGUAGCAAAAUCGUUCAAAUGCCAAAUGGAGUACACAUUCUUCCCUCCGGAGGAAACCCGGCGAUGGAAGAAAAUGGAAUCGCGCCAGAAGAUUUAGAUCCUAAUUGGCUAUGA